CGCGCGUUUGCUUUAGAAUAAAAACAACGUCUUAUUUUGAGUCCUUACGUUACAAGGAUUCGAAACAUAUCGAAUAUAUUUAAUAAUAGCUUAUUGCGGCUGUUUAUUUCAGGUAAAGGCCUUUCGAGAAUUCACAGGACUCCUGAGAUUGCGUAUACACGUGACCUCGUGAAACCAUUCACAAUCUUAUCAGAUCUGUUAUCGAUCUAAAACGCUAAUUAUCAUUGCCUAAAGGUCCCGAUAUUUCAUUAUCGAUAAUGGCUCGUACUUGUAACCAAAAUAAGCGUCGCGCUGAUGAGGAUAAGGAUGAGGCUGGCGGUCUCAAUUGGGACCUUGUUGCCAUGCUUGAUCAAGAUCCUAAAGGAAAACCUCAUUUCCCAGUCCCGUACGAUGAUAAUACUGCCGACGAUGACGAUCUUCCUGAAACCUUUGUAACUGACACGUUGAACGAUGCCGAUUGCCAACGUUAUACAGCUUGGUGUCUCAAACGUAUUCAAACGAUGCGAGUCAGCAAUAGUGUCGCAAGUAUGCUUGACGAUCCAGCACUUACCGUUAAAUGGUCUUUGCCUCUUCAAACAUAUUAUAAGGACCGAGCCCAACGCCUCCGGGGACUUGAAUUAAAUGCUACCCCAUCUACAAAUCAUGAGGGUUUGUUUUAAGCCCCCUUUUAUCCCGGUUAUUUUUUAUCCCGAUUAUUACUUUUAACAAGUUUUUAGCUGUUUAUGGCGCUAUGGUCGGUAUCGUUCUCCCUCCAGAGAUGUAUUGCGAGUAUUGUAAAAAAUAAUGUAAGUUACUGUAGGGUUACCCGACUGCCCGGUCGCCUAUGUACAAGCCCCUGUCCAGGGGCAGAACUGGAAAUAAAAUAUGUGAUACCCCACCAGCCCCUUUUAUACACAGGUAUUAGGUACCCUUACCCUUUUAACUGAUAGUGUACAUAGUAAGUUCUG